UUUGGAUUUUUCCAUACAACCGUCAAGAAACUGCAUUGAUUCCACACUAACAAACAGAUAAGACGCAGGUUAAUCUGAAUUUGUAUAAAUGAAUUGACAAGUUGUGAAAGAAAAUUGGGUGGUUCGAAUGCUUUUUGCACCGUCUUAGAUAUUUCACAUGUACGGUCCUGGUUAGUACACGACUUGAUGGAACAAACGGUCGGACCAGCGUUGAUUAACCUUUCCGUUCACAUCAAGCAAGGAAUGGAAAUAAAAACAGAAGAUUCCAGAGCACCUACAGACCUAGUGAAAAGAGGGAGAGCAUUUCCACUGAGUCAAUUCGUUUGCGAUUCAUCAACUUUUCUUCACAAAUCAAUCGGGGUGACUCAUUGCAGUCAGGAGUAAUGGCUGAUGUGCUUCUCUCAGCCUUGCUACCGGUGGUGAUGGAGAAGGCAACCGACCGUCUUCUCCCACAGUUUGGAGUGAUAUGGGGCAUGGAAGAGAAGCUAGAAAAGCUGGAAAGAACACUAUCGGUAAUCCAGUCCAUACUUGGGGAUGCAGAGAAUCGGCAAGUCAAGGAUCCAGCUGUGAAGAGGUGGUUGGCAGCGCUGAAGGAUGCAGCCUACGAAGCAGACGACAUACUGGAUGAGUUCAAUGUGGAAGCAAUGCGGCGGAAGACACAGAUUCAGAUCGAUAUGUCAAAAAAGGUGCGCAGCUUCUUUUCUCUUCACAAUCCAGUUUGGUUUCGCUUUAAGAUGGGGCAAAAGUUGAAAGAAAUUGUCCAGAAAAUAGAUGAAAUCGCAGCUGAGAGAAUUAGAUUUGGUUUCACGGUCACAACCCAACCACAAAACAGGGAUAGGCCACAGACCCACUCCUAUGUUGAUGAGUCAAAUGUCAUUGGUAGGGAGGUAGAUAAAGAAAAAAUAGUGAAGUUGUUACUCGAUCAUGAUCGCAACCAGAAUGUUGCUGUCCUUCCCAUAGUUGCUAUGGGUGGAGUGGGUAAGACCACACUGGCCAAAUUGGUUUACAAAGAUGAAAGGGUGGAGAGGCAUUUCCAGCCGCUCAUAUGGAUCUGUGCGUCCGAUGAGUUCGAUAUUGCGAAACUUGCUAAAGCAAUAAUAGCUUCAGCCACAGGAACUGAGUGUCAGGAAUCACAAAUGGAGUUGUUACAACGCCGCCUUCGAGAAGUUGUAAGUGGAAAAAGGUACUUACUUGUAUUAGAUGAUGUUUGGAACGAGGAUCAGGCAAAGUGGGAUGAGUUAAAAACUUUACUGGGAACCGGUGGAGAAGGGAGCAGGAUCAUUGUGACCGCACGAAGUGAGAAGGUAUCGUCGAUAAUGGGUACACUUCCCACUUGUCGCCUAUCAUGUUUGACUGAGGAUGAUUCCUGGACAUUGUUUAGGAAGAGAGCAUUUGAAAAGGGAGCAGAUGUGCCUCCAAAUCUAGAAAAAAUUGGCAAGGAGAUUGUCAAGAAAUGUGGUGGGUUGCCUCUAGCAGUGAAGGCAUUGGGGAGCUUAAUGCAUUCCAAGAGUCAGGAAAAGGAAUGGUUGUCUGUGAGGGACAGCGAGAUUUGGGAUAUGCAGGUUGGUGAAGAUGGGAUCUUACCAGCACUAAGGUUGAGCUACGGUCAUUUGCCUUCCCAUUUAAAACAAUGCUUUGCUUUUUGUGCCAUAUUUCCGAAGGAUUAUGAAAUGGAAAAGGAUUUGUUGAUUCAACUAUGGAUGGCCAAUGGAUUCAUUCCAUCUGGUGGAAGAAAGGAGUUGGAGGACAAGGGGCAUGAGAUUUUUAAUGAGUUGGCGUCGAGAUCUUUCUUUCAGGACAUCAAGGAAGUUGAGGGACAUGCCGGGUUCGACGGAUUUUUUGUACGCAGCAGUAAAGUUUAUUACAUAACAACUUGCAAGAUGCAUGACCUCACGCACGACCUGGCAAAAUCCAUUACGGGAAAUGAAUGCCUCAACAUAGUGGAACCUGCCAUGUUGGAAGAUGUAUCUAGGAAAACCCGUCACUUGGGUACAUCUGGGCAUCUCACAUUGAACAUCCAUCGGACCUUCAAUACUUCUCCAAAUAUUCGCACUCUAUUGUCCUCAUCAACGACACGGAGUAAUCGUACUAUAGUGACUGCGGAUUCAUCAAAGCCUAGGUCGUUGAGAGCAUUGGCUCUGGAUGAUUAUAAGAUUAGACGAUUGCCUAUUUCAAUUGGAUUUCUGAAACACCUAAGAUACCUGGACCUCUCUUGUACUGGUGUAGAAGCAUUACCUGAUGCCACCACCACACUUCUCAAUCUACAAACUCUGAAACUCUCCCACUGCUGGAAACUAUGCAAGCUGCCCGAAGACAUGAGAAAUAUGAGUAGCCUGAGGCAUCUCUACAUUGACGGAUGUGAUAGUCUGAAGCAUCUGCCAGCAGGUAUGGGGCAAUUGAGCAGCCUACGAACAUUGACGAAAUACAUUGUAGGCAAUGAUGCUGGUAGGCGUAUAAGCGAGUUGAAUGGCUUAGAUCUCGGUGGCUUUCUAGAGCUGUAUAACCUGAGAAAUGUGAGGGAUGCAGCAGAUGCUAAACAUGCUAAUCUCAGUUCGAAACAUAACCUUCGCUCGUUAAUAUUAUGCUGGGACAUGAUUGCAUGGAAUGAUUCUUGUUAUAGAUCAAAUGCCCCUAAUGUUUGUAAGGAUGUUUUGCAUGUAGGAAAUGCUGAGGAGGUUUUGGAAGCCCUUGGGCCUCAUGAUGGCUUAAAGCUAUUGGCAAUAUGGCGCUAUGGGGGCGACAGAUUUCCAACGUGGAUGAUGGACUCUCUGUUACUGCAAAAUUUAAUUGAAAUCCAUCUGGGAGCUUGCGCAGGUUGCGACCAUCUCCCACCUUUAUGGCAGCUACCUGUACUUAAAUUUCUCUACUUGAUUAAGAUGGGUAGCGUCAGGCAUCUCUGCAGCAGCACCAUCUACGGCAAUGCAAGUAAUGGCACACUGCAAGCAUUCCCCUCACUAAAGAGACUGGUGUUGCACACGAUGCAGAGCUUGAAGGAGUGGUCAGAGGAUGAAAAAACUGUGGAGGUCAUGCUAGUUUUCCCUCAUCUUGCUGAGCUUAAGAUCAUUAAUUGCCCAAAUUUGAUGACCAUACCAAAAUUACCAUCUCUCAAAAGUUUAUCAAUGAAAGGAACCAAUAAGCAGUUGGGCUUGGUCCAUAGUCUGACCGCACUGUCUUCCCUUGAAAUUGAAGUCGAUAAAACGAGCAAUGGUACAGAGUCUCCUCCUCUUGCUCAGGAAAAAAAAAUGUUUUUCAGGGAUUUUAGAUCUCUUGAAAAUUUAACUAUCACGGCAUCUGAGGAUCUGGCACCAUUGCUGGAGGAGGAGGAGAUGGAAGGGCUGAGCUCAUCCCUACAUCAUUUGGAGGUUGGGGAGCAGUUGCAUCACCACAGGGACAGAAAACUUGGUGCGUGGCCAAACCUUCAUCAGAUGAAGCUACUCUGACUGCAAACGUAAACUAUGCUUGCUCUCAGGUGGAUUGCAAGGUACUGCAAAAGGGUAAUCCUUGUUUUUACCCAGACAACCUCAUGUCUCAUGCUUCAGUUGCCAUGAACCUCUACUACCAAGCCCGAGGCCGGAACUACUGGAACUGCCACUUCAAGAACUCAGGGCUCGUCACAAUAACAGAUCCAA